AUGUCUUUUCAAAUUGCACGGUACAUUGUCUUCUUUUCCAUCAUCCUAAGCUCGCUUGCCCAGCCUCAACCUGUGAACGAAAAGGAAAGGAUAGACUUGGAGCUCAGGCUGGGACCGCCCGUCACGAAGCUCAGAGAGCAACAUACUAUCGAAAGUGCCCAACAAGCAACUCACUCGCCUCAAGAAGAUCAAACCAAUAACAAUCUAGACGCUAAUUCUAGUCUUAAUAUCAUAAAUAGAUCUGGUGCUCAAGGAGUAGCUCAAGCAAAUAAGCCAAAAGUAGGAAGACCACGACUUGAAGUCCAGGACGAAGCAACAGAUCGUAGACGGGAGCAAUAUCGUACAGGUGUUCAGCGACAUGUGCAAAAGCUGAAAUUGGAUCCCAAAGCGUAUGCAGAAUAUCUUAAGGCUAAGAGACAAGCCAAUGCAAAAAAUCGUGAAAAGGUACUCAAAAAUCCGACCAAACUUGCUCAUUUGAGAGAAAGGGAAAAGCGAAACAGGCUGGCAAGAAAGCUUAACAAAUCAAAUGCGGGAAAAAAGACUAACAACAGCUGA